UUUAUUUUGGUAUGCCGAUGUGACGUCAUAGGCUUGCGCCACGCUCCGGCUCUGUUAUGAUUUGGCUGAAGAAGGUGUUUUAACCACUUUGUGUUUAAAUCCAUGGAAAAGUGGAUGUUUUUCAAGGAAAAACAUCUGCUGAAGUGACUGAGAUCAACGUGACACUAUUAUUAAGAUGGAGUUUAUUAAAGAGGAGAGUGAAGACAUGAAGAUUGAAGAAACAUUCAACCAUGAAGAGACUGAGACACACACUGUUAUAAAGAUGGAGUUUAUUAAAGAGGAGAGAGAAAACAUGAAGUUUGAAGAAACAUUCAAACAUGAAGAGACUGAGGAACAAACAGACAUGAUGUCGCUGAAAGAGGAGAGUCAUAAUCUGAAUCAAACAGAUUUCCUAACCAGAGAAAAAUCUUUCUUUGAUAAAAGAGCUCAGAAGACUGGAGCUAGAAAAUGUUUCACCUGCCAACAGUGUGGAAGGAGUUUCUCUCAGAAAGCAAAUCUGAAGGCUCACAUGAAUAUUCACACUGGAGAGAAGCCGUUCACAUGUGAUCAGUGUGGAAAGAGCUUCACACAUCAAGGAACCCUUUAUACCCACAAGAGCCUUCACACCGGAGGAAAGACGUACACCUGCAAACUGUGUGGAAAAACACUGACUCGAAAGGGAAAUCUUCAGACACACAUGAAAACUCACACCGGAGAGAAGCCGUUCACUUGUGAUCAGUGCGAAAAGAGUUUCACUCGUAAAGAAAGCCUUAAUAAUCACAUGCGGAUUCACUCGAGAGAGAGAGAGAGAGAGCUGCUGUGUAUGUCAUCAGUGUGGAAAGAGUUUCACCGACAGUAAUCCCCUUAAGAAGCACAUAUUGACUCACACUGGAGAGAAACCGUCAUGUGCCGGCACUGUGGAAUGAGCUGCGCAAACAACACUAACCUUGAGGAGCACC